GCUAAGAUAAAAACGUUUGAGUACUCGUAUUUUAUCUACAGACUUAAAGAGGCUUAUUUAUCAAGAUCAGUCUAGUCCAGAUUUUCACGUGUGUCUUUUAAUCUAAAAUGUUAUGGAGAGCGCAGACGUGUUUGUAGUUUAUUGUGAAACCUAAAUAUCAGAAUGUCUGAAGAUGCCAUAGAGAAAGUGAUCGGUCGUUUCGGAAGGUACCAAACCUUUGUGUUAAUUUUGCUGAUGGUGGGUCGCUUGCCAACGGAAUUUGAACUGAGCAACGUAGUGUUUCUGCUGCCCAAUACGGAUUAUACUUGCUUGGACGAUGGGGUACAGAAUGCGACAAACUAUUGUCCCUGUGAGAGCCCUGACUUUGACACCAGCACGAUCGUGAGCUCCGUCACGAGUGAAUUUGGACUGGUCUGCAAAAGGAAGACACUGUCAAGUCUAGCUCAGUCAAUGCUGCAAGUUGGGAUUGCGGUCGGCAGUUUGUUUUAUGGACACAUUUCUGACAGAUACGGACGAAGAAAAGCAGUCGUGCUCGCCUUGUUCUGCAGCUCCAUUUUCGCGACGCUCUCAACCUUCUCCACCAAACUAUGGAUGUUCAUACUGUUCCGAUUUCUAUCAGGAACAGCCGUGGGAGGAACAAUGCUGUGCUGCUUCGUCAUGAUAAUCGAAUUGAGUGGAAAAUCCUUCCGACCUUAUGGCAUGGGGCUGAUAGAGUCAGCAUACGUGAUAGCGUACUUCUUUCUGCCAAUCAUAGCGUACUAUGCUCGUGAGUGGAGAGAUCUCCAGAAGAUCACGUCCAUGCCCUGGCUGGUGGUCUUCGUGUACUACUGGCUCAUACCCGAAUCUCCGCGGUGGUUGAUAACGGUUGGGAAGAAGAAAGAGGCUGUCGAUGUUUUAACGCGGAUAGCAAAGAGGAACAACCGAUCAACAGAGAACAUCGAAAUAAUUGUGGAUCAAAUAGAAGAACAGUCUCUCUCCAAGGAUCAGGAGCACCGCAGUGGAUCCUAUUUAGAUUUGUUCAGAACGCCCAGGAUCAGAGUGUACUCCAUUAUAACCCCUUUUGUGUGGGCUAUUUGUGCGUUCACAUUCUUCGGGAUCAACCAGUACAUUGGUCGAUUAGGAGGUAACAUGUACCUGAAUGUGGCUCUCUCCGCGAUAUCCCUUGCUCCGUCUCCAGGUCUCACAGUCAUAGCCUCCCUAUAUCUUAGAAGAAAAGUAACAGUCAUUACGUGUUUCAGCAUUACAGCGUUAUCUUUACUACUAUUUCUAAUCAUACCCAAGUCCAUGGAAGGAGUUAUUUUAGCGUUUGCUUUAUUAGGGCAGAUAGGGGCAUUUAGUGCUUUUGUGCUAAUUUAUUUGUAUACUACCGAAAUAUUUCCUACUGUAAUAAGGAAUUCUGCGAUGGGCAUGUGCUCGGUCUUUGGCCGGAUUGGUGGGAUUGCAGCCCCUUUUGUGGUCAAUAUUGGAAUAGAGUGGGUGUCCAUUCUAAUAAUUAGUGUGCUAGCUUUCAGCGCAGCGAUCUCGUGUUGGUUUCUUCCAGAGACAAAGAAUAUAAUACUAAUGAAUUCGAUUGAACAAACUGAAAAUGCUUCUAACCAAAAUGAGCGUGAUUAAAAAAAAUAGUAAAGGUAAGAAAUAAGAAAAAAUUGGCCAAGUGCGUGUCGUGCUAUGCGCAGUAUAGGGUUCCGUAGUUGGGGGACGCCCUGCUCUAACGAAAGUUGGCACUUUAAACUUUAACAUUUUGCAAACGGAUCCCUAAAUCGAAAAAUGGUCUUAGAAACCCCUAUCCCAUUUUAAAAGACCUAUCCAACGAUACUCCACACGAUGGGGUAGAAGAUGAAAAAAAAUUCAUCCCCACUUUACAUGUAGGGGAGCUAACCUAAAAAAAAAUAUUUUUUUCAAAAUUAUGCUCUACCCUUUUGUCGGCGUGAUCAAUAUACAUACCUCCACAAAAUUAAAGCUUUCUAGUGCCAGUAGUUUUCAAGCAAAACCUCGGACAGACAGACAGACAGACAUAUCAAAACUAUAAGGGUUCCUUGUCAGGACUACGGAACCCUAAAAAUUAAGACGAAAUGUGUUUAACGUGUCCUCUAUAGGGUAUGUAAAAAGCGCUUUAUUUUGACAUUUAGAUAACGGUGAGAACUUGUUUUAGGUUAAGAUUAAAUAUUGUUAUUAAAUGACUGCAGAUUUUCUUUGAUAUUGAAGAUAAGCAUAUUGAUAAAAAGUAAAACUGAU